UUUUUCUGACGAGUUGUCGACGUUUUGGUGGAAGUCCGCCUUUUUAUCCGAUUUAAUCGGGUUGAAAUUAAUUUAAUUCAUUAAGUUAAGGUCGAAAUAUCCUACCACAAUGCCGCCUAAGUUCGAUCCUAACGAAGUUAAAAUCGUUUAUUUAAGAUGUGUGGGAGGAGAAGUCGGUGCCACUGCAUCUUUGGCUCCCAAGAUCGGUCCCUUGGGUCUCUCUCCUAAAAAGGUGGGAGAUGACAUUGCCAAAGCAACUGGAGACUGGAAGGGCCUGAAAAUAACAGUCAAGCUAAUUGUACAAAACAGGCAAGCCCAGAUUUCUGUUGUGCCUUCUGCUGCUGCCCUAAUAAUCAGAGCCCUAAAGGAGCCUCCUCGUGACCGCAAGAAGCAAAAAAAUAUUAAACACAGUGGCAACAUAACCCUCGAAGAUGUGAUCGGCAUUGCCAAGGUUAUGAGGCCCCGCUCGAUGGCGCGAGAACUAUCUGGGUCAGUAAAGGAAAUCCUUGGCACUGCACAGUCAGUCGGCUGCACAGUUGAGGGCAGGCCCCCACAUGACCUAAUUGUGGACAUCAACAAUGGUGCACUCACUAUUGAUGAAUAAACUAUGAGAACUUCGUAAAUUUGUAUCUGUUUAAAUCCUUAGAACUAAUUUAUUCAUCAUCAUACGUCGGCACGACUCUUCGUUAAUACUGACUGGCUAAAAAGUUGUUAAAAAUCCAAAUACAAAGACACGACAACAUCACACAGA